GUUUGUGCGCAAGAUGCUCUUCGCGAUCCUGACCCGUUGACUCGCGCUCUACUUCUGGGCUUCAACAGCGUCGACGAAUAUGCAGAGUGGAUCAGAAACGAGUUCCAUUGGGGUGGGGAAAACGAGAUUAUAAGCCUUGCCAAGCACUAUGGCCUUGAAGUCGCUGUUGUCUGCUGUGAGUCCAUGCAAGUGCUGUGUUACGGCUCGGACCUCCCUGCCUGCUCCGCGCGGAUAUACAUCCUCUACACUGGCCAGCACUACGACCCGAUUGUGUCUGGAGCCGGAGCCGACAUUGCAGUGGAGCAGGAGCAGAAGAAGCACAAAAAAGGCGACAUGAGUUUGGAAGCCAAAGCUUUGGAGCUUGCGCGGCGGCACGUCGCAGAGGCCGCGAAGAAAGCUAAGCAGCGGCGCGCCAAGAAGAUCAAGUGUGGUGGCUGCGGAGCGCUGCUAAGUGAUGCAGAGGCGUUUGCGACACAUUGCGGUGAAGUCGACCACGAUGACGACUUUGCCUACGAUUGCGAGGAGGUGGAAGUGGUGAUCGAGGAAGGUGAGGAGCUUCCCGAGGGAACGGUGGACUUGAAUGCAGACCACGUUUACAGU